ACAUGGCUUCAGUCUUCUCUCCCUCCCUUUCCUUCUCUUUAAUCAAUUCUUUAAAUAUUCUUCUUGCACGUCAGUAACAUCUAAAAAAAGCUUCCAAAAUUCUGCACCGGAUGUUUUCCAUCCUCAAUUUUCUUCGUCCAGCUGAUCCAACUUCAAAUUCAGAAAACUCUUAUCAAGCAUCAUGGGAGGAGGAGGAGGAGCCGCACCACACUCUUUACAAGAAACUCCCACUUGGGCUGUUGCAACCGUUUGCUUCAUUUUCAUCUUUCUUGGAAUUUUGAUCGAACAUUUGAUACAUCUCGUUGGUCAUUGGCUCCAGAAACAUAGGAAAACUGCUUUAUUUGAAGCGGUGGAGAAGCUAAAAUCAGUUUUGAUGCUCCUGGGGUUCAUGUCGCUAAUACUAACAGUGACCCAAAGGCCCAUAUCCAAAAUUUGUGUACCGCAUAGAGUGGCAUAUUCUAUGCUUCCAUGCCGCAAAAUUUACGCCACCAAGACGACCAAAGUAUACGAGAAUGUCUGGAGCAAAUCCCAAAAUUUUCUGCCGCCAGUCGAAUUUGAAGAUGGAUUUCAUCACGAAAGAAUAUUGGCCGCUGCUGCUUCUGCCACCUCCAAUUCUUCCGAUCACUGUGGCUCUAAGGGAAUGACUUCUUUUAUAUCGCCAGAUGGUAUGAAUGAGCUCAACAUAUUCAUUUUUGUACUAGCAGUAAUGCAGAUUGUGUACAGUGUUCUAACAAUGGCUUUGGGAAGAGCCAAGAUGAGGCGUUGGAAAAGUUGGGAGAAGGAGACCGAAACCGUGGAAUACAUGGCUGCUAAUGAUCCUGAAAGGUUCAGGUUUGCAAGGCAAACAACCUUUGGACGAAGGCACAUGAGCGCUUGCACAGAAACACCUACUCUGUUGUGGAUUAAAUGCUUUUUCAGGCAAUUCUUCCAUUCAGUAGCCAAAGUUGACUACCUCACCCUCCGCCAUGGCUUCAUUUCGGCUCAUUUGUCCACAAACAAGUCCUUCAAUUUUCGCAAGUAUAUACAGCGAUCUUUGGAAGACGAUUUCAAAGUGGUUGUUGGAAUAAGCCCAUUCAUGUGGUUCGUGGUUGUUAUUUUCUUGCUUGUUGAUGUGCACGGUUGGAAUGUGUUCCUCUGGGUAUCAUUUCUCCCACUGUUUACUGUUCUAGUAAUUGGAACUAAGCUGGAAGUGAUCGUGGCCAGACUGGCUCUUCGGCUUCAAGAUCAGAACAGUAUAAUAAGAGGAACCCCGGUGGUGCAACCCAAUGAUAGCCUUUUCUGGUUGAAUGAGCCGAAGUUUGUCUUGACUCUUCUUCAUUUCACUCUUUUCAUGAAUGCAUUUGAAUUCGCAUUCUUCAUAUGGGUUACGUUACAAUUCGGCAUAAAAUCUUGCUAUCAUGAACGAGUUGAAAUCAUCGUUAUCAGAGUUGUAUUAGCGGUGAUGGUUCAAGUUCUCUGCAGUUACAUUACCCUUCCCCUUUAUGCUCUUGUAACCCAGAUGGGCUCACGGUUUAAAAGCACAGUGCUACAUGAACAAACUGUUCACGCCCUAAAGAAAUGGCAUGCAGAUGUGAAGAAGAAGAGAAAGAAUCAAGCAGAUACAAGAGAUCCUAACCACUACAACGAUUAUUCUUCAACCACAAGAAGCAUAAGCACAAACAGUACUCCUGAUGUAUCCUCUCAUCGAAGAAUGCCAACCCUGGCAGAGUUUGCUUCUGGUACAGGGGCUGAUGAAAUCGUGGAAGAGCAGCCCCAUUGUCAACAACAAGAAAUUGUUCAUCAAAACAAAGAAGACAGGAUAGUUGAGGUCUCAGAAGUUUCACCUAGUGAUAAUGGUGAUGUACAAAUACAAAUGCCAGAGCUGAUUAAUGCUAUUCCACAAUGAAAGAUUUGAUUGUUGAUCAAAUACAUAAAGUUUUGAUUUUUUUUUU